AUGCCGCUGCAAAGACCUUCGCGACAUGUGCUUAGAAUACAAAGGACAUGCAGAGCUUCUGCAACAGGCACCAGCAACGGAAAGGCAGAGAACACACGAGUCAUCCGCGGGCCCUGCUACGUGACCAGAGAUAACAUUGACACUGACCAGAUCAUCCCAGCAGAGUAUCUGACCCUAGUACCAUCGAAGCCAGAGGAGUACGAGAAGCUGGGAAGCUAUGCCUUGAUUGGUUUGCCAACAGAGCUGUACGAAAAACGGUUUGUGGAGGAUGGACGGAUGAAGACCGAGUACCCAAUAGUGAUUGGUGGGCAGAACUUUGGGUGUGGCUCCUCUAGGGAACAUGCUCCCGUGGCAAUGGGGGCUGCAGGUGCCAAAGUGGUUGUGGCAGAGACCUACGCCAGAAUUUUCUUCAGGAAUUGUGUGUCCACGGGGGAGCUGUACCCGUGUGAGACAGAUCUGAGGCUGUGUGAGGAGUUGGAGACUGGGGAGGAGGUUGAGGUGGACAUGAACAAGGAUGUGCUGACUGUGCUCGCCACCGGAAAGCAGUACCAGCUCAAGCCCAUCGGCGAGGCCGGACCUGUGGUAGAUGCAGGGGGUAUUUUUGAGUAUGCCCGCCGGACAGGCAUGAUGAAGCUCGCUUGA